GGCUUUAACCGUAAUAUUUAUGAGAGUCGUGCUAAACCUAUCGUAUAAUACAUUGAAAUAUAGAGAAAAUCAAUCACAUGCACACGGGUUUGGAGAUACUCGCGACAACAUGUAAACCAGUGGAUUACAUACGAUUAUCCUUAGAAAUCGUCUUUCACGAGAUGUCGAAUAAUAUCAGAGAAUACAUGGCGCAUGUCUCGAGGCACUUGUUUAAAGUGUUGGAUAUAGCCGGAGCUUCCGAAUACGUUCGAAACACAAGGCAACAAUGUGAGCUUGUGGGCGAUGUACUUGCCAGUCUCACAUACGGCAUAGAAGAAGGGGAUGUUGCUAUUUAUACUUUCGGAAGCAUGUCUGAAGGAACUACCACCCCGGGAAUGAAUUCUGAUACAGACACAAUGAUGUGCUUUCAAUUAUACCCAGUGUUUGAAACGAAAGCUGACGUAACGUUUGAAGACAUGAAUACAAAGUAUGGAAAGAAAUACGGCGAUAACGAUUAUACAUAUUUUCUAAUGCUUAAUGACGGUGAAACGCCUAUUGGUUUCUGUAAACUGGAAAUCAUACUCGGAAUUGUAAUGGAACCGACUAACCCGAACUUUUCUUUACAUGUAUGCAUGGACAUUAACGGAAGAUGUGUGAUCACAAACAGUUGCAUGGUAGACGCCAUGGACCAGGAUGAAAGGAACGGACCUGCUGCUACAACCUAUAAACGACCCGGUUUUACUGAUCUCGACUAUAUUCCUUCUUUUCGAUGCGCAAAGUGGCCAUCAGUUGCAGAGGAAUUUUUGACAAGGAAGCGAAAGUAUGGGUUUCCAAGUACAGACAUGGCCGCUGAUUUCGCUUCAUUUGGCAUAUUUUUCGUGCCUACAGGUCAUUCCGACUCGCUAGAAAAACAUCUGCAGUGGCGACUGUCGUUUUCACUACAGGAACGCAAAAUCAUGCUGAAUUUGAAUCCGACUCAAUUUAAAUGUUACAUUCUUUUGAAAAUGAUCAAGGAAGACUUUGUUAAAGCAGCAGUUCCUGGCAAGUCACUUACGUCAUACCAAUGCAAAACAAGCAUUUUUUGGUCAAUUGAGAAAACGCAUCCAUCAAUAUGGGUGGAAAGCAAUUUAGUUGCGUGUUUGGUUAAAUGCUUGCAUUUGCUUAAAAUCUGGAUUCGAAACGGCUUUGUACCGAAUUUUUUCAUGCCGCCCGUCAGCAUUUGGAAAGGGAGCAAAGCAAUAUGCAAAAUGGUCACAUGUAUCAUCGAUAGCAUUCUUAAAGACCCCAUAGAAUACUUACUUUCAUUGAAAUGUGAUAGAGUUGGGAGCUUACUUCGAAGGUCCCUGGAAACUUGCAUCGAAGUUGGUCAGAAAAGGCAAGAGGAAACUGAAAAAAGCGAUAAUUAUUUUCGAGAGGCUAAACGGACACUGCAUUUGUCUGUUCAUAGGCUACACUAUUCGUUUAGCAGUGAUACUUCUCACAUGUGUGUUGGUCUGUUGCACCAUGUAAGUUCGGAUGACGACAUCGAUAGCUGUAUAGUAAACCAUAGGGGACUUAUAAGCUUCCUGAGAAAUACCACUAAAAUGAGCAAAUUGAUGUUCCAGCCAUUAAAUUACGUUCAGCAAGCAAGUGAAUGUGUUCUUCCAUUCCUACUAACUAGUUAUGGCUCGCAGCUUGCAUCUAAGUCGUUGUUACAACCGAAUGCCGGCACACACGAACAGGCGAUGGCGCAUUUAAAAACUGGCCAACAUUCAGAUGCACUGGCUGGCUCAAUGAAACUAGCUGCAGUUCUUUAUGCUAUCGGCAAGUACGAGGACUGUUUAAAGUUACUCAUUGAGAAGGAAAGAGACCUUACCCCAGAUCUCAUAUCAAUUGGUAUAUGUGGCAGAAAACGAAAUAAUUUCACACACACAGUGUUGAUCAAUGAGAGACUCGUGAACAAAAUAAUUGAAAGCGAAAUGACGUCAUCAGAUGUAUUGCGAAAUAAGUGCGUGCGCUUGCGUCAUAUUUCUUCCUUCUGAACUACCAAUAAUCCCCAAAGAACUUCAAUAUGAGUUAUUCCGCUCCUUUUCAUCUGACACUAAAUGCAACAAGGAUAUGCAUUUUUGGUUCGAUUUUGUUGCGGUCGACUCUAAAGUUCUUUUGUACUACUUGCUCUACCUGGUGCACAAGAAGUUAGGACACAGACGUAGAAGGAAACGACGCAGUUUUCUUCAUGAACAUUGUGUUGGGGACAGAUUAUAAUCUGUGCCAUUCCGAAACUGGCUUUAAUUUAGUGGGAUCAAUUCUAAGAGAUAUGGGUCACUUGGAGUCAGCACUGUCAUUAUUUCAAGAUUCCUGGGUGAAAAGGCCUGACCAUAAUGCAGCAAAAUGGCAUGCUCUUAUCACUUGUUACCUACAGUAUAGGACUGCUGCAGAGGACGGUUUCAAAGUAGAACAAGAGUCGUUGGAGUUGGAAGAAGAAAAUUCAGAAGACGAGGUUGAGACUCUCGAGAAUGAAAUUGACACCGAGGAAAGAAUCAUUUACCGUCGAUGUGAUGGUUUUUAAACAUGAGAAUUGCAAUGUCUGGAUGUUUGAGAGAUUCCCGCUGUAAAACCUGCGUCGAUAUUGAAUCCGUGACCGAUAAGUUGUUUAUGUAAAGAAAACGUUACUGGACUUUCUCAACAGACUGUUGAAUAUUCAUGUAUAGUGCAUCAUUGAACAAUUGUAUAAUUUGUAUCAAAUACACAAGAAAAUCAAGAAAACCAUGAAUGAUUUUAUGGUUUUGUGAUAACCAGGAUUUUCCAUACUUUUCAUUUGCGCAUUUAGAUUGAUUUAGUAUGGGAUGAAACAAGUUAUAAGAACGAACAUUUGUAACAGUUCUUAGUUUAAGGCAUAUGUAUCAUGUAUUCGAAUCGGACUUGGUAAUUUCUCGAAUCUUUUCACAAAAGAGUAUAUUAGCACUCCAGUCAAACUCAUCCCCUUAACGUCAGCAUCGUUGUCCCGAUUGAUGCCAAAAUCUAUUUUGAUCAAUAAAUUAGUCAUAAGACAACAUAUUAAAAGAUAAAUCACAGUCCACCAUGGAAGUCACUUAUAGUACUGGUAUUUCACUAACUUUUGCUGUAUAUUAAACGCAUAUAAAUGCCAAUUAUGCCCAAAAUCAAAAUUAAAAAUGAUAAAAGAAAUAACGGUUUCAACUAAAAAAAUUCUCUGACAACCAUCAAUCAGAGUCUAGACGCAUGGCCAUAAAAGAAUACAAAUCAACAACUUUGGCAUUAGACGUCGCUAAGACAUAGCUAUAUCAAUAAACAAUAAGAACGUUUAGCACACGGUAUUGGUAAUCUUAAUUUGAAGAAUUUCAGCACUCCAACAUUUUCAUUUUUGUUUAAUCGGUCGAGAAGUCGCAACACGGCGAAUACCAACAUUCAUGCACUUAACACGCUGCACAGUUCACCUCGUACAUCUUCCAAAUCACUGUGUUGAACCAGACAUUGUAGACAGUGGCGGUAUUCAUGGUAGAGGUCAUAGACGAUGCAUCGAUUUUUUAAGUUAACUUUAGUUUACUGAUAAUACAUGAGGUAAUUAUAUGAAGAAUAUACGCGUAUGAUGUGCGAGUUUGAAAUUUUUGAAUUCACUCAUUUCUCUUUCAUUUUUUACAGUAUUUAAAAAUGUUAAACUUUUUAAUUUUUUAUGUUGUGGGUAAAAGGAAUCACCUGAUCGCAUUUGCAAAUGAUCUUAAUUAUUCUAAGUUCGAUGGCGUUUCAAAUUCAUUAAUAUACAUUAUAUUAUCAGUUAUUUCUUCCGAGAAUUUACGGUGUAUAUUUAAAUGCGAAAGUGUUAAAUGUACAUCGUAUAUAGAAUUGUUUUGGUUUGAUUAAUAUAUAAUAUUUUUGAAAGUUUUGUAAAUAUACAUAGAAGUAUGUUGGUUGGAUAUAAAUGUGUUUCCUUUAUAGAAUUCUCUUAAUGUAUUCUUUUUUGCAAGAUACAAUG